UAGAGGGAGUGUGUGUUUCAUCAGUCGCUCCUCACUGUCAAGGAGAGAACACGUUUAUUUAUUCCUUCACCUGAACGACCAUGAUGAAGACUUUGAUGCCACUGCUCGUUUCUGUUCUGAUGAUGAUGAUGAUGAUGAUAAUGAAGAUCCAGUGUUCUUCGGCUGCAGUACCAGAACAACAGCACCCAACAUGCAGCGCCAGCAGACAAACGGAUGACAUCGUCUUAUACCAGCUGUCCCCUAUGAUCUGGUCACCUGGCUGUAGGAGAAGCUGGGAGACUGAAGAUGGGACCUCCAUCGUCCUUCAAUUCCAACACGAUCCCAAUCGGGUACUGAAUGUGACGAUGGCAUCCAUCACACUAAAAAACUGCACGAGCGUCCUGCGUUUUAUGUGGCAGUGCACAGAGAUCCGAGAGAAAGUGAACUGCUCAUUUAACUGCAGCAUUCCACUUCUUCAGGAGAAACCUCAACCACAGAUUGUCAACACCACCCAGCUGUGCUUCGCUGAAGGAGUUUGUGUGGAACUGCGAAUAAUUGUUGCUGUUGUUAUCAGCACAGCCGUUAUUCUAGCCAUCGCUUUGGGUUUUUGCAUCUGGAAGUACGUCAUCAAGCGCAAAAUACGCACUGCAGUGGAGACAGCUACGUACACUUCUGUGACUGACCAGGUUAAAAUGGAGGGAGGGUAGAUUGAUCCAGGGUCCUAGGAAUAUUAUUGCAGUUUUUCUUUUCCUGAAAAUAUAGCCACCCAAGGUUUACUGAAGUCAAACCUCGAACCAUCAGGAUUAGAAAUGUCAUUUUUCUUUUUAAAAACCCUUUAAAAAUGUUUUUUUGGGGUGUGUGGGUGAGAAAGGGUGACAUUUGUUCUUUUUUUGUUAUUGUUUAUUCACUGUAAAUGUCAAAAAGAUUCACACACAGGUUAAAGGUCACCCAUGCAGAGCUGUGAACCAACACAGAAAAUUAGGAGUUGUGGUGUAAGGAUAAACGUCUUUCGGUCAAGAAAUAGCCCCUAAUCGACUUUGAACAUUCCCCUAAAUGAUAGCUAAAACUCCGCUAAACAUGUGCUCCCAGCUUGGGCAAAGUUAGAAUUGUCUUAAUGUCUAAGAAAAAUUCUGUUUCCAUGAAAUAUGACCUUUUAAUAGCAGAUACUUCACCGAGUUUUAAGCCAAAAAUGAGUUUAUGCAGUAUUCAAGCAAAGGAAGAGAAAGUAUUAUCUUUGCUUUAAUCGUCUGCAACCAUAGAAAAGUCAUUGAUAGUUCUGAUCUUAAAAAUAAAGCAGAGUGGCAUCUGU